UGAUUCUACCACGCGUGUGCUGCUGUGCUUACCUACCGAUGUGAGGUUUCUCCGCAAGCGCAAACCACACCAUUCACACUGCAGACUUUCGGCUCAGUUGCAGCAAACUGAUCGCACGCCACUGUCGCACUCGCGCCGCAACACAAAUAUUUUUUGUAUUUAAGGAUCAAAGUGAAACGCUUUCUUGCGGCUCAACACCCAACAGACAGAUACAGUGUAGAAAGCAGGACGGGAGAGACGAAGAUCAUCGAUUUAUAUUACAGUGUAACGUUUUAAAUCGUUCUCUACUGAAGCGUGUCUACACAACCUAGGACGAAUCUCAAACAUGCGGAACAUUUCGGCGUGGUCGCUCUUUCUAGUAGUCUCGUUGCUUGCUGUGAAGGUGUGGUCACAGGGUGACUUCAGCCUGGAUGAUGCCUUGGAUGAUGUCACAAAAGCACCGACAGUCACACCCAAACCAGUUCCAUCGGGAGGAGGAGGACAACCAGAUCUGGACCAGGAUGCACGACACGUGAUCACCACCACAAAAGCUCCACCUAAAGCUCCAAAGGCCUCGCUCAAUCCCAAGCUCAAACCAGAUGACACCCAGGCUGAUUUUGACUUUGGGGCCAGCCUCCGCCCGGGUCUCCUCCCCCACGCCACCAAGGGCCCACGAAUCCCACACAAACCUCAGCCUGCCAGUGAUGAGUUGGACCUGGCUGAUGCUCUGGACCCCAACAAUGACAUUGGAGGAAAGGACAAAAACAAGGGACAAGAUAAAGGUAUCGGUGGCGGGGGCAGGGGAGGCGGAACCCCCAAUAACAGAGGAGGGAAUGGGGGUGGUUCCUUCUCCGAUGAUGAUCUGUUUGGCGUCAGCAAAGACGAUACCUACAAGCCUGACAAAGGCAAAGGUGGACGAGGUGGCAGUCAGUCCGCUGAUGAGAACAAUUAUGACACCGACACCAUGGCGGAGACCGGGACCAUCGCCGGCAUAGUGAGUGCCGUUGGGGUGGCGCUGGUUGGUGCCAUCACCAGCUACAUCUCCUACCAGAAGAAGAAGUUCUGCUUUAGCAUACAGCAGAGCCUGCAAGGAGACUUGGUAAAGACUGAAAACCCAGAUGCAGUUGUGGCCACAGAACCGCAAGUUCAACAGACCCUUCUGGAACCUCCGAAUGCUGAGCCACCAAGCGAGGAGAACGUGGUCUAACAACCCCUAAUCUCCACACACACACACACACACACACACACACACACACACGCGCCCUUACCUUGUGGAAUAUAUCCCCUUUCACCUCAACACGACACCAACACACACCACACUCUCUUUAUUCCUAGCUACACAGGGCUCGGCAAACUGGACAAAAGUUUCAUUGGUGGCCAUGUAGACACCACUGAGUUGCAAAAGGUACUUAAGGUCAGCAUGCAGGGUUUUUUUUUUGGAUAAAAAUGUUUUUGUAAAUGCGGUUGGCGUGGCCAGGGCAGUGGUAAAAGACAUCGCCCUGUCACCACUGCCCUGUCACCCCACAGAAUAUGCAUAUUUUAAAGGCCCCAUCCUACCUUCAUACAUUAGACUAUUCCUUAAAAUUCUACACAUUUUCCCAAGAACCUGAUAGAAAUGUUGGUCAUUUUAAAGCUAAUUUCCUGCAAUUGUAAACAUUUUCCCAUAGAUCUAAAAACAAAGGCAGUGCAAACAUUGCUCACACAUUAUAACAUACUAUACAACUGGUUGCAGUGUCUGUAAAAGCACUUUGUGACAACUGCUUAAAUGAUUGACUGAUUAAAAACAAAAAUGCAAAGGCCAUUUCAACAAAUUCAAAACUAAAGCAAGGCUCUGCUUAUUUUGUAAACACUAGCUAGUAACUAGGGAUUAAUUGUUGGAAUUAGUCAGAUAUUUUGGCUUAACAGGACCCACAAGGCCUGGGACGUCUUGACAAAAAGAAUGCCCAUCACUACUAGUUAGUACCGCCAGAUCGUUCUGCCUUAAUUCCUGGGGGAGGACAUUUGAGAGCCCAUUGGCUGUCAUCAUAGAUGACACGCAUUAAAGCCCCCGCCUUAAUAAAUGUUGUCACUUUUGUAAUUACAAAAGACGUAAAACAUUUAGCCAGCUCACCUAAGAAUUUUUACCCAAGAAAAAACCCCGAGAAUGUCACUGUGACACAUCUUGGUGUCAGCAUUGACGAACAAUGUGCUGACCUCUCUGAACCUACCCCAUUCAAACUGUGUACAUAGAAUUUUUAUUUAUUGGAACUGUUCUGAACUACACUGUUUACGAUAUAUAUAGGAGAUGGCAACCUGAUUCUAGAUCACUUUGACGAGGACGGUCUCAUUAAAACACAUAGCUAACGAUCUUGGACCUGGCUUCGAUCUUGCCCUUUCCUGAAAGUUAGUGUAGUGAACAUUCAUGUCCCCCUACUUUAGUUUUCCAGUCAAAGAAACAUAUCAAAUCGAUGCAGGCACUAUGACUGGUGUAGUUUCUGUCUAUUCUAAAGAUGGAGGUGAUUUCUUGCUUGGAUAAGAAGAGAUUUUUACUUUUGAUGCUUGAAAUCAAACAUUGACUGUAUCCAACAUUCAGUUUGUUUUAUUGGAUUGUCUUCAAUAACUGAAUUGGUUGAGUUGAAUUGGUCGAAUUCCGUUGGUUAAACUAAUUGAGUUGGUUGGCUAAAGUAAAUUUAGGUGAAUCAAUUGAGUUGGUCUUGAAAGUGUACCUUUUUGAGUGCAGAAUUUCAAGUUGCUGCUCGUGAUGGAGAUUAAAAUCCCAAAACGUUCCCCCAGUCCCCAUCCCCUCGUAUGUAAGUGAUUUUGUACCAUUUUUACCUUCAUUGUAUAUAUUCACCUUGUCCUAAAGAAAUGAAGCAUUUUGCAGUGGUUACACAGGUCAAUGUCUAAAUGCUGCAUUUUUUUUUUGCCUGGGUUCUGGACUGCUUCUGCUUUUGCCAACUCCUGUUUGUUUGGCGUGACAGCAAAAUCAAACUGGGACCCAGGCUAACAUUUUUAUAGUGGUGAUUUUAGGAUGAUUAAAAAAACAAAAAACAAGAAAACUACAACAAUUAAGCAAUGUUCAUUUGAACAACUUAAUUACUUACUAACCCGAGGGCUGCUGCUUAUUGUUUGUGAUAUUAGUGUUUUAGGAGUUGCGAAUAGAAAAAAGUUCCUGUUUCAAUAUCCAUCCAAGCACUUUGCUUAGGGAAUGAGCUAGCAUAUUGGGUGUGCAUUCCAAGAAAGAAUAUGCUGAAUGGACAUUGGCGCAUAGCCUUGAAGUCUACUUGUGUGAAAAUGUGAUUGUGAUGAAGAUCCUUUCACUACUUUGUCUACGUUGUAUAUUGUUUCUGUGCUAUCCAGGUAAUGCCAGUGCUAGGGAAAGCUAAUGUUAAUGUGAAGUCAAGGCAAACAACUUAAAGGGUCUCAAAGUAGUGCAGAGGUUGCACUUCAGGCUGGCUGCGCUGAAGAUGUUGCAGAUUUUCCAUUGCAUCAGCCAAUGGCUGCGUGCCAUGUCGUUGACUAGGCAGUGAGGCAUCAAAACUCUAUCGUGAUUUGGCUACCUGACCUAUCCAGGUGCUAUGACAUCUGGCUGGUGUCUGCAAUGUAAUCAGCUAUAUAGUGGCUGUAUGGAGACUGGUUGUAUGUUUUUGUUCCUAAAUAAUUUAUGGCUAUAUAUAGACUUCUUCAGAUUUAGCUCUGCUAUAUGAAAGCAUAGUGGUUUAGGUUGUUUGGGUAGUAUUCAUACUUGGCUUUGCCUUGUUUCAGUCAAUUGCUUGUUAGGAUGGUUAGGGACAAUUCCAAUUUCAAAUCAGCCAUUUAAAAAGAAAUUAUUCUCAGUUUAAAUUCAAGAAUUGAAAAGGUUCUUACAUUUUUGGGGGAAAAUCCAUUGCUGAAAAACAAUGACCUAUUUCCAUAACUAAGUAGCAUUCCUUUCAAUUGACUGAAUUGAAAUGGAAUUGGCCGUGUCCCUUGUAAGAAGUAGUAGAGGGAAAGCCAAGCUUGUAAAUUGCGGUGUGAGCAAACUAUUUUUACUCUUCCUUGUAGUGUGAGUGUAUUCCUUGAUAUACCGGUAUAUCCCGAUGAUCAAUACAAUCGUUCUGUGUUUUUUGCGCAUUUGUAUUUGUCUCUGCGCCACCACUCUUUCUACACUAACGUUUACUAGAGUUGGUUUUGUCUUGACUUUUUAGCUCAACUUAUUGAACGUUUUUGGGGGUUGAUAUCGAAGAAUGUUUCCAAGUGACUUUAAUGCCAGAUAUCCAAACAUUUGAGGGCAAACUAAACUUAUUUAAUUUGUUGUGCACAGGAAUAUUGGUAAUAGUGUGAUUUAGGAUGUUGUCCUCCUACGAUAUGCUGCACCCUUUUCCUUCGGGCUCCCUGGUUGCCUUGGAAACACAGCUCAAGAACCACUCCUUCUGUGAUGGUCCAGCACUACCUGUGGUCUUUUUCUGCUCCUAACAACUGCACUAGGAUCAGUUAUUUUACCAUACUUCUCAUUACUUUAAGGUAAAGAUUUUGGUCGGAAACUUGUUGAAAAACAUUUUUAACAACUACGUUCUAAAUAUUCCAUCCUUUAUAAGAAAUGAAUUUGAAUCAAUGUCAUCAUUCUGGACCGUAGCAUUCUGAAAUUGAACAUCAAUGACCAUAGAUCUGUCAGCAUAUUAAAAAGUGUUACUAUGAAAACCACAGUUAGCACUUUUCUGUCUGGUCACACAGAUUCCAGGGUGCGUUGCUAAUUGUUCUAUCCUACGGCUAUGCAGCACGUAUGACGCUUCUAUCUAUGCCUUAUAACAUGCUCACUUGUGCUGGGUUCUGCAGUAGGCCUACUAACCACAUAGAUCUAGAAUAGAUAGAACGGAACAUACAAUGGAUAGAAAUUGGAUUCUAAUUCUUUGCUUUUCUUAGUGAAGUUCACAUGUAACAAUGGUGUGGGAACCAUUGUUUACAUUUAUGAGAACUACCAACCAAUUCCAGUGUCCAUUCUAUAAAUUGUAUUUCUAUGGCUAAAACCCUUCAGUGAUUUAGCGCUGUGCUUACACAAAAAAUCCACAACGAAUGUUUACCGAAUGUACUCUAACUGUGAUAGCAUCUCUCGCUGCGCUUUUCUCAUGUAGCAAAAAAAAUAAAAGACACACCAAAGAUGUAGCACUCAAGUAUUUGAAGAAAUCUUGGUGUUGUGCUUCGUUUUGAUAGUUUCACUACCUUUACUUUGUCACUAAACAGAGUAAAGAUAGACGCCCUCUUUUUUUAUCAAUUGCAUGUGAGGUUAUUUACCAAAAAAUAACAAUGACUGUGUUUCGAUUCUGGGCCAAUUGAAUGUUGAAGUGUCGUGGACACGCAAACAACAUCACAGCCACAAACAAAUCACAGAAAUCUCACUUAAAUUACAAAAAAAAAAAAUCUGCGUAAAACUGUAUGGCAACCAGCUGCAAUAUGAUUGUGAGUUUGUUUAACAAAACAUUCUGGAAAACCUCAACAGCGUCUGUAAAAAAGUUGUCGAGGCAACUCCCAAUCCUAUUGUGGCUGUUAGCCUCGUUACAAUUAUUUGUAUGUAGAAUAAACUUCCUUUAAGACAUGAUUUACAGUGCACAGAUUGAGACUGUUAGGACUAAAGAUCUCCCUAACUCAUUCCGGUCCAUAAAUGUGUAAUAGGCAUGGUAGAUAUGAAAGGAUUUGAUGAGGUAUGCAGAGUUGUGUGAGUGAGAAAUGUAAAAAUAAGGUAAUUCUGUGGUGCUAUCUUGUAUGGAUUCUUGUAAUACAUAUACAUUCAUGUUCUUUGCGGAAGGGUAGUAUGGCAACUCUUGGAUUGCAGUAUGAAUCAUUUGCCUGAUAUGGAAAUUAGAUAACCGAACGUUUUUCAAAAACGAACGGAAACGUGCGUGUUAAGAGUCUAUGAACUAGGAUUUGCGUCGCGUUAGUUUGCAGUACAAAGGCUUCGGGGGCUGCCCUUAGUGUCUAGGGUUUACGGUACCUGGGAUUUAAAGGAUACAUACAUCAGCAGUUGGAUCGCCUUAAUAUAGGGAGCUCAUCUACUACACGUUAAACGGUAUGGGCUAUAACUGAACUAUACGUGAUUACUAUGCGCAUUUUGGGGUGAUAUUGGUUGUAGUCUUUGGAAGUUCUCAUUGGGGUUGCAUUGAGGAGUCGGGGGAGCCUGUAGAUUUCUGUCGCCUCCUAAUACUUUGACAACGAUAGCAGUUGUCUUGGCUAGAAAACAGCCAGGUGUGAGGGUAUCUGUAGCAUCGGUAGGCAUGGCGUGACGCUGAUUAUUUCACCUGCUAUUGGCCGGUGGUUGAAUUUGAGUGAGUGUAUGCACUGCCACGGACGUCUGGGAUGACAAAAGGAAGAAUUGGAUCGGGAUGUCAUAAUAUAAACAAAAAAUUACACAAGCAUUGGUUUAUUCACUGGUGUCUGUUUAAAAGUAGCGUACUCAUUAUUACCAAAUAUUAUGUACAAUUCGCUUCUGUGUUUGCUGGUAGGCCUACGCUUGUGUAUCAUAAUAUGACAUGCUCGUCUCCUCCUUUUUGGCAUUCUAGAGUGACGUAAUUCCAUUGGUUGCACUAGCGGUCACUUGAACUCAAUUGACCGGAUGUUAGGACACAGGGCUCUUAUGACAUCACAAUGAAAACGAUGUGUUCGACUAGCUUUCACUUAAGAUUCACAGCCUACUAACGCAUAUGGCCUUCUCUGCACAGAACCCACGUUUGAUUCACUGGUGCCUGUCAACUGAAUUACACACAGUUUAUGCAUAGGAGUUUGAUGUACAUAUGCAUACACACAAUGACCUACAAUUUACUAACAAUGGGCUUCUGAAUGUCGGACAAUCUUCACUACUAACGGAAAUGCGACGAGUUCGAUAUUUCUUACCGAGACUCUCAAAAACGAUAAUGCUGCAGUUCUAUACUUCUAUCUUUCUCUGCUGCCCAUCUCACUGGCAAUACAUUAUUGGCUUCAAUAUUAAAACGAUCAGUCAAUCAAACCCAAUAAAAUCAUUUGGAAGAAAACCAA